AUGGUUGUUAUUGAAAAAACAUCUAACAUGAAUAAACCACCAUCACCAAGUUUAUCUUCAGGAUCAUCCGCCAAUGGUAAUAAUAUUAAUGAUGACAAAACACCAGUAGCUUUAGAUGGAAAAGAUUUACCAUUACCUAGUGAAGAAGAAAUAUUAGAAGAAUUUGAAAAUGUUUUAAAAAAAAUGGAUUUACCUCCAGAUAAAAUUAGGUUAUUAAGGGAUUAUGAUUUGAAAAAAAAAUGGGACUUAGUAAGAGAUCAAAAAAAUAUGUAUUCUGUUACAGAUUCAUCAGUUUAUCUAGAAAAACUUUCUCUAUAUCUUGAUCCAAAAACUUUUAAAAAAAGUAAAAAGAAACUUGGUAAUGAUACAUCAACUUCUAUUUUAAAACAUAUUGAAAUUUCAUUGAGAACAAAUUCUAUUGAUUGGGUUAAAUCUUUCCUUGAUCCAUCUACUAAUAACGGUUUAAAAGUUUUGAUUGAAUAUUUAACGCAAUUACAAAGUUCUGUUGUACAAAAUCAACUUUUGAAUGCUGAUAAUAUACCUCAGCAAACUACAACUGCAUCUAUUUUAAGUACAAGUGGAGGUUUUAGUUACACAAGUGGUGAAUAUUAUGGUGGAAAUACCUUAACAAGUAACUCUUCAAGUGGCCAUGAUGAAGGAAAUAUAGGGGAUCGUCAAACAUCACUCACAAAUAUGCCAUCAAUAUUACCUGUACCAACAAAACAAAAUUUAUUUCAAAAAGCUAUUGAGGGAAAAAGUAAGGGUAAAUUAAAUAAAUAUCUUGGAAAUCCUGAAAAUGAUAUUCAUGUUUGUGUAUCAUGUCUACGUGCCAUCAUGAAUAAUAAAAAUGGAUUUAAUAUGGUUUUUAAUGAUCCACAGGCUAUUUAUUGUAUAACAAGAAGUAUAUUACAUCAAUCUUUAAGAACAAAAGCUUUAGUUAUGGAAUUAUUAUCAGCUAUAUGUUUAGUUAAAGGUGGACAUGAAUUAAUAAUAAAUUCUUUCAAUAGAUUUAAAUUAGAUCAUAAAGAAAUUACACGUUUUCAAUAUUUAAUGGGAUAUUUUCGUAAUCCACAACAAUUUCAUGUUGAUUUUAUGAGUAGCUGUAUGCAAUUUAUUAAUAUACUAGUUCAUUCUGUUGAAGAUAUGAAUUAUAGAGCUUAUUUGCAAUAUGAAUUUACAAUGUUGGGUUUAGAUGAUUACUUGGAGCAAUUAAAGGAUAAUCCAUGUGAAAGUCUUCAAAAUCAAAGAAUUGCCUAUUUAGAUAAUUAUUUGGAUAUUGCAAGUUUAAUUGAAGACUCUUCUAUAAAAGCAAAUUUAUUAUUAGAAAAAGAGGAAUUAGAAAAUAAAUUAUCAAGGAAAAUUGAAGAUAUACAAAUUAUUGAAGCUGAUUAUAUAUCAAAUGUGGAACAGUUAAAUAGGAGGAUGAAUGAAUUAAUAGAGGAAAAAGAAAAAAUUCGAGGCGAAUAUGAUAAUCAUGUUAAUACAUUACAAAGAACUUUGACGCAAAAAGAAAAAGAUAUGAAAGAAAAGGAAGCUAAAUUUGAACUAAGGAUUCAGGAAUUAGAAAAAAUUCAAAAUACAAUGGAGAUUGGUUUGAAAAAAGCACAAGAUCAACAAUUAAAAAUUAUUGAAAGUAAAAAAAGUUCAGAGAAAUGUUCUCCACCACCACCGCCUCCACCACCUUUACCUGGAAGUGGUUCUAAGAGGACAAAUUUAACUAGCUCAACUUCAACUGUACAACCACCACCUCCACCACCACCAUUACCAAAUGAUAAAAAUAAAAAGUCAAUGCCACCUCCACAACCACCUCCAUUACCAACAUCAUCUAAAAAUAGUGGUGGAGUUCCCCCACCACCACCGCCACCACCUAUGGGUGGAAACAAAAAAGUGCCUAUAUUACCAUCUAAUGAAGCAUUACCAAUUAAAAAGGUUGUUGAAACUAAAAAUAAACUUCCUCUCCUUAAUUGGACACCAAUGAAACCUACACAAGUAAAAGAAACUGUUUUUUCUAAUCUUAAUGAUGACAAAAUAUUGGAUAUCAUUGAUUUCUCUGAAUUAGAAGAAAAAUUCAAAUUAGCAUCAUUAGCAGUUAAUACAAAUUUAAAAAUUGAUUCACAUUUACAAACACAAAUGUCACCUGGAUCACAAUCAACUACAUCAUCAGGAGGAAUGUCAACAACAACAAAAGAAAUAAAAAAAUCAUUAUUAGAUGGUAAAAGAAUACAAAAUAUUGCAAUAACAAAAAGAAAAUUAAAUAAAAGUGGAUCUGAAAUUAUGGCUGCUGUUCAUCGUUUUGAUUUAAAAUCUCUCCCAGCUGAAUCUGUUGAUAUUUUACUUAAAAUUAUUCCAACAAUGGAGGAGUGUCAAAUGUUUAAAGAAUAUGCUUUAAAAAAUGAAAAUAAUUUUGAUUGCUUAGCAGAUGAGGAUCAAUUUUUGGCUAGUUUAAUGAAAAUUGAAAGAUUAAAACAUAAAUUAGAAAUUAUGUUAUUUAUGGCAUCAUUUGAGGAGAGUGCAGCAUUAAUAGAACCAAAUUUGUCAAAUUUAACAGCUGCUUCUAAAUGUAUUAAAGAUGCAAAAUUAUUCCAUAAAGUUUUAGAAAUUGUUUUGGCUUUUGGAAAUUACAUGAAUUCAUCCAGAAAAGGUGGAGCUUAUGGGUUUAAAUUAGCAUCUCUAGAUUCACUUCAUAUUUUAAAAUCACCUUAUGAUCGUUCAAUUUCAUUAUUACAUUUAAUAGCUGAUACUAUACAAAAACAAUUUCCAGAUCUCAUAUAUUUUACAGAAGAACUUAAAUUUUCAGAAAAAGCAUCAAGUAUAAUGUGGGAGACAGUCUUAAGUGAUAUAAAAGAAAUUGAACAACAUUUUGAGAAAGCUAAAAAUGAGUACAAUAUUAAAGGACCUGAUUCUCCAAUUCAAUUGAAAGAAUUUAUUGAAAAAACAGAGAAACGUGUUCAGGCAUUGUCAACAGCAUGUGAAACAGCAACAAUAUCUUUUAAUUCAUGUGUAGAAGUUUAUGGUGAAAAUCCUAAAUCGCAACAACCCAAUAUAUUUUUUUCAAAAAUUGCUUUAUUUUCUAAAAAUUUUAUACAAGCAAUUAAAGAUAAUGAAAAUCGAAGGGUUAUUGAGGAGAGAGCUAAAAAUGAUGCAAUUAAGAAAGAAAAAAUAAAUCAACAAAGAAAAAGAAUGAGUCAGAAUAAUAAAGAAAAUGGAGAUUUAUUAAAUGAGUUAGAGUCAAAAAUUAUGGCUGGACUUGAUAAUGGUCGUUCAAGAAAUAAAAAGAAUGGUUCAAAAUUAGAUUCAACUCAAAUGGGACAUGGUGACUUUGAUUUAUUAAUAUCCGGUCUCAAAGAUUCACCAUACAUGGCUGCAGGUGGUAAUUUUCCAGCUUCACGUAGAAGACCACGAAAUUCAAGUAGAAGUCCCAGUACUGGAAAUAGAAAAGUUGUACCAAAAGAAGUUAAUCGAGAACGAUAA